GCAAUCCUCUUGCUGAGACUGGUCGAAGCAAACUGCAAAAUCAAAGAGCUGUCCUAAACCAACAGAUCUUAAGAGCAGUAAGAAUGAGAGCUGGUGCUGAAAAUCUUUUAAGAGCAACCACUAACAACAAAGUACGAGAGCAGGUACUACUGGAACUGAGUUUUGUAAACUCAGACCUGCAAAUCUUAAAGGAGGAAUUGGAAGGACUUAAUAUCUCAGUAGAAGUUUAUCAGAAUACAGAAAAGACUUUCAGCAUUCCCUUGGUCCCUCUUGGCCUGAAGGAAACCAAAGAAGUAGACUUUACACUCCCCCUCAAGGAUUUUAUUCUGGAACACUAUAGUGAAGACAGCUCUGAGUAUGAAGAUGAAAUAGCAGAUCUCAUGGAUCUGAGACAAGCUUGCCGCACUCCUAGCCGAGAUGAAGCUGGCAUUGAGAUGUUGAUAAGUUAUUUCCUUCAACUUGGUUAUGUAGAAAACAGAUUUUUCCCACCCACCAGGCACAUGGGAGUUUUAUUUACGUGGUAUGAUUCCUUUACGGGUGUCCCAGUGUGUCAGCAAAAUCUGUUGCUUGAAAAAGCUAGUAUUUUGUUUAACAUUGGAGCCCUCUACACCCAGGUUGGAACAAGAUGCAAUCGUCAGACCCAAGCUGGACUUGAAAGUGCUGUUGAUGCUUUUCAGAGAGCUGCAGGAGUCCUAAGCUACUUAAAGGAGACCUUUACUCACACACCAAGUUACGAUAUGAGCCCAGCUAUGCUGAACGUACUAGUGAAAAUGAUGCUUGCACAAGCUCAAGAGUGUGUUUUUGAGCAGAUCGGUCUUCCUGGAAUACGCAAUGAGUUUUUCACGCUAGUGAAAAUGACACAGGAAGUUGCCAAGGUGGGAGAGGUUUACAUGCUGGUUAACACUGCAAUGAAUCAGGAACCAGUGAAAGAGAAUAUCCCCUAUUCCUGGUCUAAACUGGCACAAAUAAAGUCAGACCAUUACAAAGCUCUGGCACAUUACUUCAUUGCCACCAUUCUGUGUGACCAUGAAUUGCAGUCUGGUGAUGAUGAAGAUCAGCAGGAGAAAGCAUUCUCCCAGUUGUAUGACUACAUGCCUGAAGGACUGAUGGUGCUCACCGUUUUAAAGGACAAAGUUCAGAGAAGACAAUUAGGGAAAGCACAUUUACGCAAAGCCAUUGUUCACCAUGAAGAAGCCCUAAGAGUCUGCGGACUGUGCAAAAAGCUUAGAAACAUUGAUGUUCUUCAGGAGGUUCUGACAGCUGCACAUAAGCGCUCACUUCUCAAAUAUGCUCAGCAAGAGACAGAAGAUGACUUUCUCAGUCUAAUCCAGGCUCCAGAUAUCCUUCCUAAAACGGAGCACAAAAUAGAAACAAUCAUGCCUCAGUUUUCCAAGGUGAAAGUUAAAGACUUCUUUCACAGGCUGGGCCCACUGACAGUGUUCUCAGCCAAGCAGAGAUGGACGGCUCCACGUACCAUUCACAUCCACCAUGAAGCAGGAGAGCUAGGAUUCAGUCUUAAAGGAGGUUCACCGGUACAGAUUUAUUGUCUUGAUCCAGUUUGUUCUGCAGCAUCAAUGGGCCUAAAAGAAGGUGACUACAUUGUUUCAGUUGGCGGUGUGGAUUGUAAGUGGCUCGGAGUGAAUGAGGUGCUGGAAAAAUUUAAAAGUGUGGGAGAGCAGCCCAUUGAGAUUGAGGUUAUCAGUUGCCAGGAUACAGCAGCGUGUAUGCAUAGUAAGAGCGCAACUUACUCUGUGGGAAUGCAGAAGACUUACUCCUUAAUCUGUUUAGCCAUGGAAGAAGGUAAAAUUGAUCAGACCAAGAAAGCCCCACUGAAACUGCCUUUUCUAAGUUGGGGAACUAAAAAUAGACAGAAAGCUGCAAGCACCCUCUGCCUUCCUUCAGCUGUAGCUGGAAGUUCUCAGAUUAAGAAGAAGCUUUCUCCCUUCACACUUCUGAAUACAGAAAGUUCAUUGUACUGAAUCUUUCAGAAGGAUCUGUUAACGUGACUUUUUUUUUUUAAAGUGUAUAUCAAAAAAUAGUGAUCAAUUUUGU